AGAGCACAUGAUGACAAAUCAUACCCCAAAGUGACCUCACAUUAUCGACUUCUUUGUUGUUUCAAGUUAGCUAGCUAGCAAAUGUGAGCUAGCGUGGUAGCGUACUGAUGAAUGAUGAUGCAUUCAAUGACCACGACGUGCUUUACUCAGGCAAAGCAACAGCGUGAAGUUGCCUUUACGACCCCUGUGUAACUUUGGGUUGUCAUCAAGCCACGCUCAGCCAUGCCAUAUUUCAAAACAUCUAAAAAAAAUCUGCCAUUGUCAACAUUGCUGGAUAUUAAGUCACAGAAAUGUGGGCCAAGGUGCACAGUUUUCUCCGUCAAUGGAAAUGAAUACACUGGGGAGUGGCUGGACAACAAGAAACAUGGGGAGGGAAUUCAGGUGUGGAAGAAAUCUGGUGCUAUUUAUGAUGGAGAGUGGAAAUUUGGAAAACGUGAUGGACAUGGUACCUAUGGUGUGCUGCUCCCAGAAUCAAAGGAGUAUGUGAAGAAGUACCGUGGUGAAUGGAAAAAUGGAAAGAAACAUGGGUAUGGGACUUACUUCUAUAGCUCUGCAGUUUAUGAAGGGGAGUGGAGUGAGGACCAUCGGAGUGGCUGGGGAAGAAUGUAUUAUGAGAAUGGAGAUAUUUACCAGGGAGAGUGGAUGAAGGAUAAGAACCACGGACAUGGCUGCAUCCUAUUUGCAAAUGGAAAUUGGUAUGAAGGCUCCUGGCGAGAUGGCAAGAAGAACGGUAAUGGCAAGUUCUACUAUUUUGACAAAGGCCAACUUUUUGAAGGCUUUUGGGUGGAUGGAGUAGCAAAGUGUGGGACCCUGUCUGAUUUUGGGAGGAAUGAAGCACCAACACCGACGAAGUAUCUAAUUCCACAGCUACACCUGGUGGAUAUGCAGUUGGUUUUAAGGGAAGCCCAGUCAACCUACCUUGAGAGGAUCGACAGCAAGUUUUCAGUCCAUGACACACUCACAGACAGUGAAUAAAAAGAGAAAAUACAUGGCAUGGUGACGCUCAGUACGUUCAGUUUUGUCCAAAUAUCUACACCAAAAUAGUUUGUUCUUGUCUGUGGAGCGAACCAAAAACAUCUACUGAUAUUUCAAAUGAGUUGAAAACAAUAGUGGUAUAGUUGUAACAGGUUAAUCCACUUUACCUUCAAAGUAGAUGAUUAAAGUGUAACUGUUUUGAUAAUAAAAGGCUUGCUGCUUACUGUUAUGAUCAUAAAAUGGGACGGGUCAGUUCCAGGCCUUAUAAAACAUUAUCAGACUACAUACAGGAAGAAAAAUACCAAAUGAUAUUACAGAAUUCACUGCAUUAG